AUGUAUGCAUUUGAAAUAGAACACAUAUUUUACAUUCUACCAUACCUCUUAGGUGUUCAGUAUCCUGCUACUAGUAUUGAAGACAACCACAUUGAAAGAUUGACAGAAAAUGGAGAACUACUAGCUGAAAAUGAUAAAUUUGGGAAUAAAAACAGAUCCACUUCAACGCGGUCACUUAAAUUCAUUAUUAAUGAAAAGGAGAAGUGUAAAGAUAAAACACCUUUCUUGAUAUUGUUAAUAGCAACUACAGCUGCUGAAAUUCAGCACAGAAGUUCCAUCAGAAAAACUUGGGGAAAUGAAUCCGUGGUUCCAGGAGUUGAGGUUGCUCGGUUGUUUUUGCUGGGCAUUGAGAGCAAGGGUCCAAAUGAGAUCCUACUGAGAGAAAGUGAGCACUAUCAUGAUAUUAUUCAACAGGACUUCCUGGACGCUUACCAUAACUUAACUCUUACAGCUUUGAUGGGCAUGACGUGGGUUGCCUCUUAUUGCAGUGGCUCAAGCUUUGUUAUGAAGACAGACAUUGAUAUUUUUGUUAAUACAAUGUACCUAAUAGAAAAGCUCCUCAGGCCUCUUUCACCUCCUCCACAAAAUUAUUUCACAGGCUGUUUUAUGAAAGGGCAUAAGCCUAUUCAGAAUAAAGAAAGUAAAUGGUACAUAUCAGAAGAAGAAUACUCAGGUGACAAAUACCCUCCUUUUUGUUAAGGAACUGGCUAUGUCUUUUCUGGAGACCUGGCUUCAAAAAUUGCAAAUGCUUCUGUAACAAUAACAUGUAUACAUUGGGAAGAUGUUUAUGUAGGGUUCUGUCUUAAUGUCAAAGGAAUACAGAUCAGUCAUUCAUUGUUUAACAUAUAG